AUGACCAUUCAAAACGAAGCAUCCUACCGGUAUGCACACUAUGGAAUCCCCGACCCCGACUUCGACAAGUACAAGGACAUGGACAAUCCGUUUGGCAAUAGUGAAGGACUCUCUGUACCAGCCAUGCGCGAGAUCAUGGCGCAGAUGCCGGUGACUUUUCCAUACGACCAGAGGGAUGUUGCCAGUGUUGCGAUCAGCAAUCAAACAAUCACAGCCCGUGAUCACGCCGAGCUGAAUCUUAGGAUCUACAGGGAUAAGGAUGUUGGGAAAGAUGCGGUGCUAUUUUUCGUCACGCAUGGUGGAGGAUGGAUCCUUGGGGACCAUGAUACGGAAGAGGCAAUGAAUCGCCUGGUUGCUAAGAAGACGAACUCGGUUGUUGUGAGCGUCAACUAUCGACUGGCGCCUGAGUAUCCAUUCCCCUACGCCGUCAAUGACUCGUUCGAUGCGUUGCAAUGGUGCAGAGAGAAUGCAGCGGAUCUGGGAAUCGACCCCCAGAGAGUCGUUGUUGGAGGAAGUAGCUCUGGUGGCAACAUUGCCGCUGCUUUGGCAUUGAAAGACCGAGACGAGGGCAUCGGUGCUGUAUUCGGACAGGUGUUGAAUUUCCCAGGGACCUGCCAUCCGGAUCACUUUCCUCGGGACAAGUAUGAGUACUACAGCCCGGAGCAGAAUAAGGAUGGGCCGAUUAUCACGACAGAGGCAGUCCAUUGGUUUUGGAGUUUAUACUACCCUGAGGCAGGGGACAACCCUUAUGCGAGUCCGCUUCUUGCAGAUUCUCACAAGGAUCUGGCACCGGCAUCAGGACGUGACCCCGAUCGAGACGAAGCACUAGCAUACAGCGAAGCCCUCAAGAAAGCCGGUGUUCCUGUGAAAACAAAGGUCUAUUCCGGCCUCCCUCACGCUUUCAAUCUGUUUCCGGACCUUGAAGAAACACCCACGUUUUACAACACGGUUGUCAACUGGAUCAACUAUCUCGACAAGGACAUGGCGAAGAUAACUAAGUUCGAUAAGCGUUCUUGA